GUGACGACCUCCUCACGAGAACAUGCCUCUCGCAAAGGAUCUUCUUCAUCCCUCUCCAGAAGAGGAGAAGAGGAAACACAAGAAGCACCUGGUGCAGAGCCCCAAUCCCUAUUUCAUGGAAGUAAAAUGCCCAGGAUGCUAUAAAAUCACCGCCGUCUUUAGCCAUGCACAAACAGUAGUUUUGUGUGUUGGCUGCCCUACUGUCCUCUGCCAGCUUACAGGAGGAAAAGCAAGGCUUGCAGAAGGAUGCUCUUCCAGAUGGAAGCAGCACUAA